GCGCCGGCCACCUGCCUCGAGCCUCCGUCCCGGGCCGUGCGUGGACACGCGAGGUCGCGGACUGGGGUCCCAGAAGCAGUUCCCGCGGGCGCGCCCGGUCCGGGCCGAGCCCGGGAGCACCGGCGAGAGGCCGCUGGCCGGCGGCUGCGCGCGCUGCCUGUUGAACGGCUGCGACCCGGCCGAGGCGCCCCUCGCCGCCGCCCCCUCCGCCCUCCGCGGCCGCCGGCGCGCGCGGCCCGAGCCGUUCCCCGACGGGCAGCGGGGCGCUCGGCCGGCGCGUCUGGGCUCAGCUCGGCGACGCUGCCGUCCCCAAGUCCUCCCGGAUCUUGAGGCGUAUGGAACCUCAAGGUCUUUGUGGAAAUGGAAACCAAAAAAUUGAUUGGUAAACCACUUCAACCAGCAAGACCUGUUCGUCAUCUGGCUUCUUCCCCAGGAACAGUGUUCCCUUUCAAUUUUCAGACUGAAUAUGCAUGCAACACUCAGUGCUUACAAAGUGGAGUUAGCAGAUGUAGUACGAAUGGAAUGCAGACUUUUUCUCAAGGUCUUAGUGAACAGCAGCAACACCAGUCUCCAGUUAAAAAAGAGAGAAUUAAAUACAGCAGAGAUUUCCUGUUGAAGCUCUCAAGUGUUUCCAUCUGCAGAAAAAAACCAGAUUUUCUGCCUGAUCAUCCCAUUGUACUUAAAAAACCAGAAAACAACCAAAGUUUUAAGUAGCACUUUAAGAACAGAUGAAUUUGAAGAUAAAGAAUUAUUUGUUUUAUAUUUUGGACACCUGCAAAUGAAGUGGAUCUAGUAGCAAUAAAUAUAAUGGACUGUGACAAUUCA